AGCAGAGACUCAGAAUAAGAAACACAGUCAGAGUGAACAGUUCUUGGUGUCGUGUCUUUUUUUAAUAUCUUGGUACUCCCAAACUAGUAAGCCUAAACAGCUAACAGAGUUACUUAAAGAUAUCAUGAAAACAAUAGUUUAAGUGACUUUAUAUAUGCCUCCAUAGCAAGAGGACUCACUCAUAUUACCCAAUCCAGGACAAGGUGCGGGGCCAUGGGGCUUUUACGAGUGCUGCUAUUUGCCAGUUUGCUUGGCCCUGUAACUCUGGCGUUCAGUCGAUCUCCUGUACCCAUGGCCGUUGUUCGGACAGAGUUGUCUUGUGAAAGUUACCCAAUCGAUCUGCGCUGUCCGGGUAGAGACCUCAUCAUGAUCAAAAGCGCAAACUACGGCCGAACCGACGACAAGAUCUGCGACGCAGACCCCGCCCAAAUGGAGAACACGCGCUGUUAUUUGCCUGAUGCCUACAAUAUCAUGAGCCAAAGGUGUAAUAACCGGUCACAGUGUGCUGUAGUGGCCGGACCGGACACUUUUCCUGACCCCUGUCCGGGAACCUACAAAUACCUUGAAGUCCAGUACGAGUGCGUGCCGUACAAGGUGGAUCAGAAAGUUUUCUUGUGCCCAGGGCUCUUGCGGGGCGUUAAUCAGAGUGAACAUUUGAUUGAAUCGGACCACAAGGCUGGCGCUUGGUGUAAAGACCCAUUGCAGGCAUCCGAUAAGAUCUAUUACAUGCCCUGGACGCCGUAUCGGACAGAUAGUCUCGCCGAAUACUCCAGCAAAGAGGACUUUAUUGCCGGACGACCCACGACAACUUAUAAACUGCCCCAUCGGGUUGACGGCACAGGGUUCGUCGUUUACGACGGGGCUCUUUUCUUCAACAAGGAGCGGACACGGAACAUCGUCAAGUUUGACCUGCGUACCCGCAUCAAAAGCGGCGAGGCCAUCAUUACCAGUGCAAAUUACCACGGUGUGUAUCCAUACCGCUGGGGUGGGAAAUCCGAUAUCGAUUUGGCAGUGGAUGAAAACGGUCUUUGGGUGAUUUACGCGUCAGAACAAAACAACGGACAAAUUGUGAUCAGCCAGCUGAAUCCGUACACGCUUCUGGUAGAGGGAACGUGGAAUACCGCUUACGACAAACGCUCCGCCUCCAACGCUUUUAUGAUUUGUGGAAUUUUGUACAUCAUAAAAACCGUCUACGAAGACGACGACAGCGAAGCCACUGGGAAUAAAAUCGACUACUUCUACAACACAGAGCUGAGCAAAGACGGCUACUUGGACAUCCCUUUCCCAAACUCCUAUCAGUAUAUUGCUGCCGUGGAUUACAAUCCCAGAGAUAAUCUGCUUUAUGUCUGGAAUAACUACCAUGUGGUCAAAUAUACCCUUGAUUUUGGAAUGCUGGACAUCAGGCCAGGUUCCCCCUCUACAGUCAGUAGCCCCACCACUAUGGUCAGCGACCCCGCCAUUGCAGUCAGCGACCCCGCCUCUCCAGUCAACGACCUCACCACUGUGGCCAGAGACCCUGCCACUACAGUCAACAUUCCUGCCUGUAACGACUGAGCCAGAUCAGACACACAAUAACUUCUUAUAUUUCACAAAUAUAACUGCAGACCCUCACCCAACAAGCACGCUAGGCACCGGGGUCUGUAAAACUACCCCCCAAAUGGCUUUUAACACUUCAAAGCAGAACAGAUCUCUCGUGACUAUGGCAACACAUCAAGAUUUAGGGCUGUGCAAAAAUUUUGGUACAGCUAACUAUCAAGAUAGUUUUUUUCCACGAUAGUGUAUCGAUAUUUCAAUCACUACUAUCGAUAUUUUAAACAAUGUAAUCACUCCUCUGUGUGCGUCAAACGACCACCUCCGCUGCUGCUGUAGUUGUCGCUGUCCAGUUGUCUGUCAUAUACGGCCAAUGUCGCAGAAGUUAGCGGGAGUGAAAAAAUGGCAGAAAAUGUAAAAACACCUGCAGCUUUCGUGUGGACGCACUUUGGCCUAAAAAGAGUUCAAAGAAAAACUGCUAUUUUUUACAUUUUUGAUAAAAAAAGCAUUGCAAUGUAUCGCAACUUGCAAAGUAUUGUAUCGUAUCACAUUGCAUCAUGACCCAUGCACCGUGAUAUGUAUCGUAUCGUGAGGCCCUUGCCAAUACCCAGCCCUAUCAAGAUUAGAGCUUUAUGACCACAAAAGAAUGUGGGAAAUUUUGAGACAGAAAAAAUAAACUUUCUAUUUAGUCAUGCAUGUUUUCACUUAUAAAUGUAUAAGGUAUAUGUCUUAAUCAACUAUUUCUAAUCUCAUCAUGGAUUAUGUUCUUGGUGUUUAUGUUAUAUCCGUAUAUUAACCCAAACUAGUUAGUCAAUAAAGUCUGAUUUGUAUCACA